AUGGAUAAACAAGCUUCAGAAGUUAACGGCAACUUUUUGAAAGAUCAGUUCCGGGAAGAAAAUGAUCAGUUCCGGGAAGAAAAUGCCUCCAGCCUGAAACAGAGCCUGCUCCUUGCCUCCCUCAUGGCCCCUUGCCCUCCGUCCACCAUCCGGCACCACUGCUCUGAGAUCAGUUCCGGGAAGAAAAUGCAGAGAGAAAAGAAAUUUCUGCAGACACAGCAACACAAAGUGGAUGUCACGCUCGAUGCUGACACGGCUCACCCCAGAUUGGAAAUCUCAGACGAUGGGAAGAGAGUCAAAGAUACUGGCACCAUCAGAAAAGUGCCCAGGAAUCAGAAAAGAUUUGAUUCCCACACUUUUGUGUUGGCAAAGGAAGGAUACACAUCUGGGAGACACUACUGGCAAGUGGAUGUUGGCAAGAGAAGAAGCUGGGCCUUGGGCAUUGCCCGGGAAUCCGUGACUCGCAAAGGGACUGUGACUCUGACCCCUAAGAAUGGCUUUUGGGUCAUAGGGUGUGCAGAUGGGCGAGAGUAUUGGGCCCACACAGACCCUUGGACCCCUUUGAGGGUGAAUGGGAAGCUGCAAAAGGUUGGGAUCUUCCUGGACAUCUCAGCCAAGAAGAUGACGUUUUACAACGUCCAUAAGAAAGCGUCUCUGUACACUUUCACCAUGGGAGGUGACAGCAGCCAGGAAGAGAAGUUUUUUCCUUUCUUCUCAACAGGCCCUGCUACUACAAAGCCUGACGAUGAGCCUUUAAGAAUAACGCAAGUGUUGGAUGAUGAUGAAUGGAUGAAUUGGGAAUGCAUGGUCAAUGUCUGAAUGAAACACAAAGCCUGAGAUUACACUGCACUCUUAUCAGACCCCUGCUUUUUGCCACCAAAUCAAAGUUGAACAGAUCUUUCAUUUAAGAAGCUUCCUCCAUUACUUUUUAAUCCUUCCAUGAUCCAGUCAAGAAGAAGACGACCUAUACUUCAGGCUACAAGUCACUGGGUAGAGAGGACCUUCAGUUCUUCUAAGCA